GGAAAUAAAUUAUUUGGAUUCAUUUUGUUCUCUUCGAAAAAUGUAAACAAGAGGACACAUUGACAUCAAAAUGGUUUUUCCUCUUGCAAAAUUACUCGCACUUGGGGCAAAACAAGCCAGUAGGCACGUUGCAAAUUUUGUGAAAGGUAGAGCCAAAAACAAUGAACGAUUCAAGUCAUGGCUGGUUAAAUCGGCUGGCUGGUACCACACUGUUGUUACAAAGUCACGCCGCAGAUUUCAGGGUAUAGAAAAUGUUAAGGAGGUCAAACCACUAUCAGAACAGCUUGCCAUAGACCUUGGAGUGGAACUUCUUGGAGAUACAGUUACAAUACUGUGUGCUGUAUUCAUUUUUGUUUUUAUUGAAGCUAGAUCAUCUAAACAUAAAGAGGAGGAAGAAAAACUUAAAUACGAAGAGAUGAAAAGUCUUAAACAGUUGGUAGUUUUUCAAAGUAUAGAAUUGGAAAAUCAAGCUGCAAAAUUAAGAGAAUUUGAAAGGAUUUUUAAUGGCUCUACGAUGUAUUCACAAACUUCUGAUCGUGUCAUGGCGGAAUUUUCUGAUAAUGACGGAGAAUCGGACAAUACUAGAUAAUACAUGUAGUUGAUAUAGCUUUAGAUGAAUGGAAUUGAAGAAAUGAUUAGUGAUAUGUGUAUAAUUAAAACUGUGUCUUAGAAAUAGGGAAUUUGUUAAAGAUGCAUGCCUCCAGAUGAGCCAAAAUUAUUUCAAGAAAAUUAAACUUCAGAAAAAUUCACUAAGAUUUUAUGAAAAGUAAAAAGAUUUAAGAUUCAAGUAAUAAGUUACUUGUUAUAUGCGAUUAAGGACUGAUUUUGCAGUAUUUAUCACCAUAUUUAUACUGCAUUACUAAUGCAGCUGUUGCAGCAAGGCCUAUUUUUUCCCCCGCCGAAAAUUU